AUGAUUGGUACAUUUGUGCUUUUGGUGCGAUUUGGUUGUGUAUUCAAAGGAAGAGGUGCCUGUAUCGAUAAAACACGGAAAAUACGCCAGGAAUCAGUCAUUUUGCAUGCAGAUAAAGACACCGAAGGCCUAGUCGAACCGGAACCAAAUCAAGCUAAAGUCGAAAAAAAUAUGAACCAAGAGUUAAAUAAAUUGGUAGAACCAACACAAGAUAGUGAGAAAAGCUUAACUAGUCGAGGAAGAGGUUUCCUUUCCAGUAAUUUAAAAGGAUAA